AUGUUAAAGACACAUUUUCUGCCAGAAAGACGGGUUUUGUUAUGGAACCUACCUCAUGUUUUAACACCAGGUCAAAAUCCAAAUUAUGCUGAAAUAACAGGCCAUAAAAGUGCGGUAACUUCAACUAGAUGGCUAAACAAUGGAAACAUAGCAUCAUCAUCUGCUGAUACAACAGUUGGUAUCUGGGAUACAGAAACUGGUCAAAGAAUAAGGAAAUUUGCAGCCCAUUCUUUGGUUGUUAAUGAAGUUGAUAAUGAUCAAAGUUUAGUAGCUUCAGUAGGUGAUGAUGGUAUAGCAUUUGUAUGGGAUGAAAGAGAGAAAAGUUAUAUAAACAAUUUCAAGACUGACUAUCCAUUAUUAUCAGUUGCAUUCCAUAACAAUAUACUUUUUGCAUCAGGUAUAGAACCAAUAAUUAGAGCAUGGGAUAUAAGAUCUCCAAUGACACCACUUUAUGAAAUAGAAACUCAACAUACAGAUUCAAUCACAUCAUUAUCAAUAGAUGAUAACAAUUUAAUAUCAAAAGAUGAUCAAACUAUUAGAAUAUAUGAUCCAAAAAUUGUUCCAGGAACUCAUAUAAGACCAAAAAUUUAUGAUGGUGCACCAGCUGGUACAGAAAAUUUAUUAAUAAGGUCAGUUAUUAAAGAUAAUUUGAUAAUUUCAGGUUCAGGUGAUAAGACAGUUACAGCUUGGGAUAUGACAUCUGGUAGAUUGUUAAGAAAAUUAACUGGUCAUACAGGUACAGUCAUUGAUGUUGAUGAACACAAUGGGAAAAUUGCUUCUUCUUCAGUUGAUGGUACUGUUAUAUUAAGAUAUACAAAUGGUAUUAGUGGAAUAUAG